AUGAGUCGUUGGGGGGCCGUUGCAGCUCUGGCGCCUUUAUAUAUCUGGUGCAAUGACCCGACAUUCCAAACUCGACGAUCAGCGCCUUUCUAACAAGGUCAACUGGCGAUAAAAAUCAAGAGCCUGACAGGAACUUUUACUUGUGCUUUUCCCGGUUAUGGAUGAUUCCUAUCCGACAACGAGCUCCCGACGGCCCAGCUCGUCACUCAAUGUCCCAAAUGAAAUUUUAACAACAAUUUUCUCGGUUGUAGUCCAUUCUGCUCCAGCUUCAGAGCAUCCUCGAGUCCUUUCUUGUAUCUCCCUUGUCUGUCGCGACUGGUGCGCAGUCGUCGCCGACUCCUCGGAACUCUGGACCACAGUGUACAUGUCCCACAUCACCGACCUCCCGACCGCUCAACUAUUCUUCGAGCGUUCAACUCCCCGUUUACUCGAUGUCAUACUCAAGUUUGACUUUUACGUCAACUGGUCCAUCAGUGCUAAGAUCGCGGAAGUCACAAUGCCGUAUCUUCAUCGGUUUCGAACUCUCAAUGUCGAGUUCGAUAAUCCGGACACGUAUCUUGCUUUUUCCAACCUCUAUCGCACCACUGCUUCAUCCCCACCCUAUUUGAGCAGCCUUCGCCUCCAUUAUACCGGAAGGACUUGGAGUUUCGCGAUGAUACCCAACGUCCCUCUACUUUCCUCUGCGAAUAACAUCGUUUUCCUUGACCUUCACCGUCUCCCAGUGAACGUAGUAUCCCACUACUCCGGCCUCACCAUGCUUUCCUUAUACCGCAUCUUUCUGGGUCACGCGCGCUUGCGAGAUCUGUUUCUCGCGUCCCCGUCACUCGAAACGCUCAUCCUCGCAGCGUUACACACAUUCGACGGGCCCAACACCAGCUCAGACCUUCCUCCCAUCGAUGCGUCCUCCCUGCGAUCCCUAGCCCUCAGCAUGGACAGCUCGCAUCGCGAUUCGUGUGUAUCCGGCCGGUGUGUCAUAUCCUGCCUUCACAUGCCGAAUCUCCAGAGUUUGGAGGUAUACGGGCGAUGCAGGUCUACCGCCGUAGGUUUAGGGGCGCACUUUGGUGACCUCCCAAAGCUGCGGAAGCUCCGGCUGCAGCACCUCGUGUGCUCUGAUCACGAUGGGCCCUUCUUCCGAUCCCUUAAGCGAUUGGAGCUUGUGGACGCGGAUCUAGGAGGGAGGUGUUUCCCUCUUCCGUCGUUAUCAUCGUUGCUGUAUGAUUUGGAUGGGGGAGGAACCCAUUAUGAAUGGUUGGCAGAUACUUGUCAUCGGCCAGGACCUCCGUUACGCGUUCAGAUAACGGAUUCCAAGAUAAACCAGUGGGUACAGGGUGAAGGGGGCUGGGAUGAGCAUGCUAUUGUCGAAAUCUGCCCUCGGAUGUCGGUCAAGGGGAUGUUCGACUGGGCGAUUCUUGAAUGUGACAGGGAAUAUAGGGACACUGAAUCUGACUGGUUUGAUUCGUCCUCUGAUUCUGACUCUUCUUGAUUCAUGUCUGGAUUUAUGAUGUAUUUCUGCCCUAAUUACACUUGGUAAAUUUUAUGCAGAUACAUACGUGACUACUAGUGAUUCGUUGAACGACAGAGCCUGUCUAAGUAAACGAAUGUUACACCUUGGCAUUGAAGAAUUGGCCAUCAAUGAUGGCUAAGGACAUGUCAGGCAGCUGUAAAUUGUCCAUACAUAGUACUAGCAUGGAAUUGAGACUGCCAUCUCAGUAUGAAGCCUGUGAGGGUCCUCGAUUUCCAUACUGAUAUUCGAGCUGGCUCUG